AUGCUACUUAAAAAUGCCCUUUUCUCCCAAGUUGGCAUUGGAAUCACAGCCAACACCCUCCUCCUCCUCUUCCACAUCUUCACAUUCUGCCAGGAUCACAGGCCUAAGCCCAGCAGCCUGACUGUCUGUCACCUGGCCCUGGUGCACACAGCCAUGCUCCUCACCGUGGUACUCCUGGCAUCUCCGGACCUGUUUGAGUCGCUGCAUUUCCAGAACGACUUCAAGUGCAAGGCUUUGUACUACAUAGGAAGGGUGAUGCAGGGCCUCUCCAUCUGCACCACCGGGGUGCUGAGCACCAUCCAAGCCGUCACCCUCAGUCCCAGCACCUCCUGGAUGGCAAAGUUCAAACAUAAACUUAUGAACACCGUUACUCGCGCCUAUGUGUUCACGUGGACCCUCACUUUGGCGUCCUCUGGUAACCUGCUCUUCUACAUUGUGUCCUUUUCCAAUCUGAACCAGACCAAUUUGAUGUUUCUAAAUAAAUACUGCUCUCUCUCCCCCAUGAGCUCCCUCAUCAGAUACCUGUUUUAUGCCCUGACUACAUCCAGGGAUGUCUCCUUUGUAGGCGUCAUGCUGCUCUCCAGCGUGUACCUGGUGAAUCUGCUGUUCAGGCACCAGAGGAGGGCCCAGCACCUUCACAGCGCCAGCCUCUCCCCAAGACCCUCCCCAGAGAGAAGGGCCGCCCAGGCCGUCCUGCUGCUGGUGGGUUUUUUUGUGGUCAUGUCCUGGAUGGACUUUCUCAUCACGACCUUCCCAAUCUUAUUGUCAGCCUAUGGCCCAGACGUCCUGAGUGUGCGCAUACUUGUGAGCAAUGUGUAUGCCACUGUCAGUCCUUUGGUGCUACUCAGUUCUGAUGGAAGGGUGAGCCGUGUGCUGCGAAAUGUGCAGCAGGUGUUCACUAGCAUUUAA